AAAAGAUAUGGUGACGUGGCCCACGUAGGUUUGAAAACAAUGACGUCCGUCGCUGCAGAAUUCUUUCGUCCGGCAAAUGACGAUGGAAAAGAACGAAACGACGGUUGAUGUUUCUUUCAACAAGCCCUUUAGCUUAGAAGAGGACCUCAUCCGCAUUCCUCUGGCUAUCUAGCUAGCUAGCUACGGGAUCAAGCCAACAACAAGUAGAUGGUCAUGUUUGCAGGCAUCAAUUGGUUCCCGGCUGGCAUCGGCAACACCUCGUUUGGGAGCUCUUGGGAUGGCGAAGAAGAAGAUUUCGAUGAAGAGAAACCAUUCCGCAUUGACGCUGAACUGCAGUAUGGAUCCUUCCCCUCGGACAUUACCGUGGGAUCCCUGCAGCGAACACAGAGCGUAUGUUCCCUCAGCACGAUGCUUCCUGGAGAUCAAGUACGCUACAUUCGAUUUCAAGUCGUCAUUUGGCACAUUGGACCCAUUGAUGCCGUCAAUGGCAAAGUCGACAUGCGAUUCCGCGUCACUAUUUUCUGGAAUCGACCCGACAACGAUAUAGACGACAAGGAAAUUGGUUAUGGCAUGACCAAUCCCAACAACAAAAAGGUGUGGGCCAUGUACGGACGACAACGCGCCUACGAACGGGUCUUGAAAGAUGUCCCGGAAGGAAGCCGCAUCGUCUACGUCCCACCCGUAUCCAUUCUCAAUGCCGUCGACUUUGAAAUACUAGGAGAACCCGAAGUAUGCUGUGUCAAUGCAUCCAAGGGUCUCAUGAAAUGGUCUUGUCUAUACAAGGCAUCCCUCGCGCAAGAACAUUUGCAUGUCGCCAAUUUCCCACACGACAGUCAUGACCUCAUCCUGCGACUCGGUGUCCUCAAACAUCGACAAAAUAGAAAACGAUGGGAUCGACGACGAUGGAAACUGGCACUGGCAUCAGCCGAAGAUACACAAGAUACAAUCCGCAUCCCACAUGGACUCGUCGUCGAUCACGUGCGUGUGCCAGGAUUUGCACACAACAAGAAAAUACUACAAUUCAACGUGGUCCCCAUGGAAUUUGGGGGUGAAACGGAAGAUAUACAGCCCGAUCAAUGCUUACAGGUCAAGUUGAGAGUAUCACGGGAUAGCUCCUACUAUGACCGAAAUAUCAUUCCCCUGCUAGCGGCACUGAAUGUGGUGGCCAUUAGUACCAUUGCACUGACGGCAGAAAAAUUUGGAAGUCGCGGGGAAAUGCAAUUGGCAAUCAGCUUUGUCGAAAUUGGAGUCCGCAUGACAUUGGAUUCCAGGCUUCCCAUUGUGGGAUAUCAAAUCAAAAUGCAACGCGUCUUGAACAACUUCUUUUAUGGGCUCUUAUUCCUCACACUCGAGAGCUCCUUCAACUAUAUACUCUACGAAUACCGCUCCUCCUACACCAAAACUGUGGAUCAAAUCACCGCUAUUCUGUCACUCCUUCAUUUGAUUCUGAUACUUUGCUACUACAAGAAACACAGAGAUCCACCGUGAUGAUGAUGACAAUAUAUUAAUCAUUGCCAAAAGAAUGAAUGGAACAACAUUUUGAAAAAUUGACAAUUCACAGCUAGCUACUGCAAGCUACAGCAAGCCAUAGAUAUGAAAUUUAGACUAAUGCAUAAGACAUUUUUGUACCACCCA